CUGUGUGCGCGCUCGUCCGCUGCUGUUUCCCGCCGGAGCUCGUUGGGCCUCCCGGGCCCACCCUGCCCAUGGCCCAGACCCCCGACGGCAUCUCCUGUGAGCUGCGAGGCGAGAUCACCAGGUUCCUGUGGCCCAAAGAGGUGGAGCUGCUGCUGAAAACCUGGCUACCCGGGGAGGGUGCUGUGCAAAACCAUGUCCUGGCGCUGCUACGAUGGAGAGCCUACCUGCUACACACCACCUGCCUCCCGCUGAGGGUGGACUGCACAUUCAGCUACCUGGAGGUCCAGGCCAUGGCGCUGCAGGAGACACCCCCUCAGGUCACCUUUGAGCUGGAGUCCCUGCGUGAGUUGGUCCUGGAGUUUCCUGGUGUGGCUGCCCUGGAACAGCUGGCCCAGCAUGUGGCUGCAGCCAUCAAGAAGGUCUUCCCUCGCUCGACCCUUGGGAAGCUAUUCCGGAGGCCCACACCUGCCUCCAUGCUGGCUCGGCUGGAGAGAAGCAGCCCCUUGGAGUCCACUGGCCCCUGCAGCCCCUGUGGUGGCUUCUUGGAGACAUAUGAGGCUCUGUGUGACUACAAUGGCUUCCCUUUCCGAGAGGAGAUUCAGUGGGACGUGGACACCAUCUACCAUCGCCAGGGCUGCCGCCAUUUCAGCCUGGGAGACUUCAGCCACCUCGGCAGUCGGGACCUGGCCUUGAGUGUGGCUGCCCUAUCCUACAACCUGUGGUUCCGGUGCCUCUCCUGUGUUGACAUGAAACUGAGCCUUGAGGUCUCAGAACAGAUUCUACACAUGAUGAGUCAGUCAUCGCACCUGGAGGAGCUGGUGCUGGAGACCUGCGGCCUGAGGGGAGACUUUGUCCGACGACUGGCCCAGGCUCUGGCGGGACACUCGAGCUCUGGGCUGCGGGAGCUCAGCCUGGCAGGGAAUCUGCUGGAUGACCGAGGCAUGGCUGCACUCAGCAGACACCUCGAGCGUUGUCCAGGAGCCCUGAGGAGACUCAGCCUCGCCCAGACAGGGUUGACUCCGCGAGGAAUGAGGGCUCUGGGCCGGGCACUGGCCACCAAUGCUGCCUUCGACUCCGCCCUGACCCACCUGGACCUUUCCGGGAAUUCCGGGGCUCUGGGGUCCUCCGAGGACAGUGGGGGCCUCUAUAGCUUCCUGAGCCGUCCUAACGUGCUGUCGUUCCUGAAUCUCGCAGGCACCGACACCGCCCUGGACACUCUCUUCGCAGCGCUGUCCCGAGGCUGCUGCACCAGCCUUACCCACCUUGACGCUUCGAGGAACGUCUUCUCCCGCACGAAGUCCCGCGCUGCGCCGGCCGCGCUGCAGCUCUUCCUCAGCCGCGCGCGGAUGCUGCGGCACCUGGGCCUGGCGGGCUGCAAGCUGCCGCCGGACGCGCUCAGGGCUCUUUUGGAUGGCCUCGCGCUCAACACGCACCUCCGCGACCUGCACCUGGACCUCAGCGCUUGCGAGCUGCGCUCGGCCGGCGCCCAGGUGAUACAAGACUUAGUGUGUGACGCAGGCGCUGUGAGCUCCCUGGAUCUGGCGGAUAACGGCUUCGGCUCGGACAUGGUGACUCUGGUGCUGGCCAUCGGGAGAAGCCGGUCCCUGAGACAUGUGGCGCUUGGAAGGAACUUCAACGUCCGGUGCAAGGAGACCCUGGACGACGUCCUGCACCGGAUUGUCCAGCUCAUGCAGGACGACGACUGUCCUCUUCAGUCUCUGUCGGUGGCUGAGUCUCGGCUGAAGCUGGGCGCCAGCGUCCUACUCCGGGCCCUAGCCACCAAUCCUAACCUGACCGCGCUGGAUAUCAGCGGCAACGCCAUGGGGGACGCGGGCGCCAAGUUGCUGGCCAAGGCGCUCCGGGUCAACUCCAGGCUCCGGUCUGUGGUCUGGGACCGGAACCACACAUCUGCUCUGGGUCUGCUGGACGUGGCACAGGCGCUGGAGCAGAACCACAGCCUGAAGGCCAUGCCUCUGCCACUGAACGACGUGGCCCAGGCGCAGCGUAGCCGCCCUGAACUGACAGCACGUGCAGUCCAUCAGAUCCAAGCCUGUCUCUUGAGGAACAACCGCGCAGACCCUGCCUCUUCUGACCACACGACCUGCCUUCAGUCACUCGGUCUGGUCUCAGACCCCUCAGAGCAGGAAGUGAAUGAAUUGUGUCAGUCGGUGCAGGAGCAUGUGGAGCUGCUGGGCUGUGGGGCUGGGCCCCAGGGUGAAGCCGCUGUGCGCCAGGCUGAGGAUGCCAUCCAAAAUGCCAACUUCUCUCUCAGCAUUCUCCCCAUUCUAUAUGAAGCUGGAAGCUCCCCAAGCCAUCACUGGCAGCUUGGGCAGAAGCUGGAGGGCCUUCUGGGACAGGUGGGCGAGGUCUGCCGCCAGGACAUCCAGGACUUCACUCAGGCCACACUGGACACAGCAAGGAGCCUCUGCCCACAGAUGCUGCAGGGAUCCAGCUGGAGGGAGCAGCUAGAGGGGGUCCUGGCAGGCUCGAGGGGCCUCCCAGAGCUGCUCCCAGAGCAGCUGCUGCAAGAUGCCUUCACUAGGCUCAGGGAUAUGCGGCUAUCAAUCACAGGGACCUUGGCAGAGAGCAUUGUCGCUCAGGCUUUGGCAGGCCUGAGUGCAGCCCGGGAUCAGCUGGUGGAGAGUCUGGCUCAUCAGGCCACAGUGACAAUACCCUCUGCCCUACCGGCACCAGACGGAGGUGAGCCCGGCCUCCUUGAGCCUGGGGAAUUGGGAGGUCUUUUCUUCCCCGAGGAGAAGGAAGAGGAGGAGGAGAAGGAUGACAGUCCUCCACAGAAAUGGCCUGAGCUCAGCCACGGUCUUCACCUGGUUCCCUUCAUUCAAAGUAAGUCAGGGCCUUGGGGAAGGGAGUUUACAUGGGUGCCCCCAGCCUUGCCGCAGGAAGGGAAUGGGCUCAGUGCCCGCGUGGACGAGGGCGUGGAGGAAUUCUUCUCUAAAAGGCUGAUCCAGCAGGAUCGCCUCUGGGCCCCCGAGGAGGACCCGGCCACUGAGGGGGGUGCCACUCCUGUCCCCCGUACACUGCGAAAGAAGCUGGGCACCCUCUUUGCCUUCAAGAAGCCUCGUUCAACGCGGGGUCCACGACCUGAUCUAGAGACCAGCCCUGGGGCAGCUCCCCGAACCCGAAAAACUACGUUUGGCGACCUACUGCGGCCGCCAACCCGUCCCAGCCGUGGUGAGGAGCCUGGUGGGGCUGAGGGGGACACCAGCAGCCCUGACCCUGCCCGCAGGAGCCGACCUCGGUACACAAGAGAUAGCAAGGCCUACUCGAUGAUACUGCUGCCUGCUGAGGAGGAGGCAACACUGGGUGCCAGACCCGACAAGAGGCGGCCCCUGGAGCGGGGAGAAACAGAGCUGGCUCCAUCCUUUGAACAGCGGGUACAAGUAAUGCUGCAGAGGAUAGGCGUCAGCCGAGGCAGCGGGGGUGCCGAAGGCAAGAGGAAGCAAAGCAAAGAUGGCGAAAUCAAGAAAGCUGGCUCAGAUGGUGACAUUAUGGACAGUUCCACGGAGGCCCCUCCCAUCUCGAUCAAGUCCCGCACCCACUCUGUGUCUGCUGACCCCUCCUGCAGACCUUGCCCAGGGAGCCAGGGGCCCGAGUCUGCCACCUGGAAGACACUGGGGCAGCAGUUGAAUGCAGAGCUCAGGAGCCGUGGUUGGGGCCAACAGGAUGGUCCAGGCCCUCCCUCUCCUGGUCAAAGCCCAAGUCCCUGCAGAACCAGCCCCUCCCGAGACAGCCUGGGCCUCCCAGAGGACCCUUGCUUGGGCCCUAGGAAUGAAGAACGGCCCCUGCGGCUGCAGCGCUCCCCGGUCCUCAAACGCAGGCCAAAACUUGAGGCACCUCCAUCCCCAAGCCUAGGAUCUGGCCUUGGAAUGGAGCAUCUGUCCCCACAGCCCACAGAGCCCUCCAGCCCCGAGCGGAGCCCACCCUCCCCAGCCACAGACCAAAGAGGCGGCGGCCCCAGUCCCUGAUCCUCUCCUCUCCUGCCGCAUGAGAUUAUUUUAUUAAAAAACUCAAAGGAA